AUGACUACCACAUUGGAUCGAUCGUUUUCGGACUCAGAUAUUCACGUAACGGGUACCCAAUCGGUAAUUACACCACCCAACUUCACAUCUAUGCGGAACAAAAGGAAAAGAGACGAAGAUAUUGCACAGGAGUUUAACAAUUUUAAGGAGGAAGUGAGAAAAAUGAUCUCAACUCUAAUGUCAAGUCAAGAGAAUGAAUUUAAGAAAAAUGCAACUACCCUCAAAGAAAUUCAACGAACAAAUAUCAACAUCGAAAAUUCGUUGGCAUUUCUUUCUGCGCAGAACGAAGAGUUUAAGAAAAAAAUAGAAAGCUUAGAAGGACAAAUAAAAGAGGACAAAAAGUAUAUUACGAUUUUGGAGAGUAAAAUUGAAGAAGUGCAGAGAGAUAGCCGUAAAACGAAUUUAGAGCUGAAAAACGUACCUAAGAAAAAUAAUGAAAGUAAAGGGGACUUAAUAGACAUGGUAAUGUGCCUAUCCAACAACAUUGACUGUAAAAUCAAUAAAUCCGAUAUUAGAGACAUAUAUAGAAUUCGUUCAAAAAAAGAGGGUGUCCAAAAUACACCAAUUAUUGUGGAAACGUCCUCUACCAUAUUAAAAACCGAGAUUCUCAAAAUGAGUAAGUCUUUCAAUAUCAAACACAAAUCAAAACUAUGUGCCAAGCAUUUGGGGUUCCGUACUUCGGAAGACACCCCCAUCUUCAUUUCCGAGCAGCUUACGUCUAAAGCGGCCCGGCUAUACUUUUUGGCGCGCGACCUUGUUAAGACGAAGGCUUAUAAAUUCUGUUGGACGGCCUACGGCAAAGUAUAUCUAAGAAAGGAUGAGGGAUCGCCUAUAAUACUAAUUACGAAUGAACCUCAAAUCCACAGACUUCAGCAAGAAAAAUGA